CUCUCGCCACCGGCUCUCUGCACGUCAGGCCAGUUUUCAUGGCUUCAUCCUAAAGAUCAAGACCUCCAUAUGCUCUGGGAAUGGGAUAUAUCUGAGUGCUGCGGAAUUUCGCCUCACUUUUGGGAGCCGUUAACGGUUAUUUUACGGCACCAUAUUAACAAGGUGCACUGUGGGUAAAAAGUUGUGGUCUACAUUUGCUGGGAUGCUUGGAAGCAACAACCUUGCGUUACUCUGAUGAGCCAUAAAGUCGAAGAAAAAGAUCUUUGAUAGAUUAUCUCUCUGACAUAUUGGUACCGGAUCGUCUUUUGGACAUAAUUUGCACGUGUUUCCCCCGAGGAGACUUACCGUAAGGGCAGAUUGGAUGCAUUUGUCACUGGAUACGAUGAACAUGGUGGACGAUGGCUGCCUCUCGUCGGACAACUAUCACGACCUGGGUAAAGGUGGCGCCUCGGGCAUGGCAGGCCGCGUUCACAGCAUCGACGUGAUUCUGGGCUUCAGUAAAGACCAGGAUCCUCUGCUCAACCCGGUCGGGCCUGGCGACACACACAAAGUAGAUGGAGUGGACCUGGGAGAACAGGAGAAACAAGUGACCUCUGACCCCUACGGUCACCUGCAAAGUCUUCCGGACAGCUCACAGCAGUCAGCGUAUCACGAUACUGGGCUUUUCUCCACGGAGAAGUGUGGAGAUGCAGAUUUGGGAGAUCCACGGAGCAAUGUGGAGAGUGACAGCCGUUCCCCGGAUGCCCCGGAUGAGGAUCAACCUAAAAAGAAACACAGACGCAACAGAACCACGUUCACCACCUAUCAGUUGCACGAGCUGGAACGAGCCUUCGAGAAGUCCCACUACCCGGAUGUGUACAGUCGAGAAGAGCUGGCCAUGAAAGUCAACCUCCCAGAAGUCCGAGUUCAGGUGUGGUUCCAGAACCGGCGUGCAAAAUGGCGGCGGCAAGAAAAAAUGGACUCUGGAAGCAUGAAGCUCCACGACUCUCCCAUGCUGUCCUUCAACCGACCCACUAUGGCUCCCAAUGUGGGUCCCAUGAGUAAUUCUCUACCCCUGGACCCCUGGUUGUCCUCUCCGCUCUCCAGUGCCACUUCCAUGCACAGCAUCCCGGGCUUCAUGGGACCGAGCCAAAGCCUCCAGCCCGCAUAUACAGGCCACCCAGGCUUUCUGAACUCUUCUCCAGGAAUGGUGCAGGGAAUGCAACCAAUGCCACCUCCUCCUUACCAGUGUUCCCCAGCAUUUAAUGAUAAAUACCCGUUGGAUGACGUAGACCGCAGUUCUAGCAUUGCAGCUUUGAGGAUGAAGGCCAAGGAGCACAUUCAGUCCAUGGACAAAACCUGGCAACCCAUGUAACGGGGAAAGGGUGAACAUUACAUUAUUUUAUUGGGAUCUCAAUGGGACAUGAUGCAUUUUUUGUAAAUUGUUUUUUAGGAAUGAUCAGCAUCAGAUCAUUAGGAUUAGGGUUCAGCCAAACGCAAUGAAGCGACGAGGAAAAUUAAAAGAAAUGUGAAUUUAAUGACCUUUACGUUUGAGGAUAUCUUCGUAACAAUUACACCUGGAGUCUGACCUGCUUGGCACGUUGGAUUUGAAAUCAUUUGGCAACAAAGCACGGACAUUUUGGGAUUGUAGAGUUUCUUACCUCUUGCGUGCAGAUGUCAAGCUCCUUAGGAUUUUGGGUUUCAGUCGGUGUCGAGCGUCUCUGGUGAUCAUUGAGCCAGAUUGAGGACUUGCAAUGGCAAGUUUGGCACAUUGGCUAAUUUAACCGGACAGUGCAGCUCAGGAUACCUCAAUACCUGUUCAGAGGUUCAAUUCAUAUUCUACCAUCCAUGGGGAUCGAUUAGAAGAAAUCACUUGAUUUUGAUUUAACAGGUCAAAUAAACCUAGGAACUGAAUGUCUUUUAUUGAAUUGUAACGUUACAUGAGUAGUUGCAUUAUCAAGCCAUGGUGUGAAGAUCAUUUCUAAAUCACUUGCAUUUAGUUCAGCAGUGCCACAAUCCUCUUCAAUCAUAUAAACAAGUUGUGAAAUGUCAAAAACGGUGAAUUUCAUGAAGAAAGUCUGGGCUUUAUUUCAUCCCCAAAACAAGAGAACCUUAUAAGAAAUUAUAUUUUAGAUGAAGAAAAUGUAGCCCUAUUUUAUAAUGUUUUUAAACCCCUUAAAUUCUCAUUACGGUAAUUCUGUAUUUAAUUAAAAUUAUAUAUACUGUAUGCACAUUCUAUAUAAAUAUAAUAGUAA